ACAAUGCAGCUUAGCGGGCCUGUCGCGUUCAGCUAGCGCGUAAUAAUCAACGUGUUAUUAACAGUUAACACACGGUGAAAAAAAAAAUCACCGCCUGGUGUUUUACUUCGGCCCGGUUCAGUCGCGUCGCUCCCGUGGUCCGUUUCUUCCGGAGCCGUCCCUGCGCCGAGGCUUCUCCCGUGGGUGUUUUUGUUUUGUUCGCGGUGACGGCUGGAAAUGGAGGCGGCUAACGGGCGUCUGCUGCGAGGUGUCCUGAGCGCAGCGGAGGGGAGCGGCUGAAAACACGAAGACAGAAACGCAACAAGGGAGAGGGGAAACGGAGAGGGGGGUCCGCAUUUAGAAAAGACGGAUUAAAUUUCCUCCUGGGCGGUUGUCUGGUUGGUAUGGUGGAGUAGGCGCUAUCCGGCUCCUCCGACCGAUCGUCCGACGGACGGUGCUCUCUCACCGGGGAGAAUCAUGGCCCCCGGCUCGCUGGUGGCGGCCUGCCGCAGCCUGGCCCUCUCUACGUGGCUGCUCUCCUUCUGCUUCGUCCACCUGCUGUGCCUGGACUUCACCGUGGCCGAGCGGGAGGAGUGGUACACCGCCUUCGUCAACAUCACCUACGUGGACCCGGCCACCUCGGAGCUCCGCACCGAGAAGACGGAGUGCGGUCGCUACGGGGAGCACUCGCCGAAGCGGGACGCCAAGGGGGUGGUGGUCCUGCCCGCAGCCCUGCACGAUCGCCAGGCCUGCGACCCAAACACCCGGUUCGCGGUUCCCGCACAGGCCGGGGCCUGGAUAGCGCUGAUAGCCCGGGGCAACUGCACCUACAAGGACAAGAUCCGCCACGCCGCAGCCCACAACGCCUCGGCGGUGGUCAUCUUUAACGUGGGGUCCGCUAACGCUAACGACACCAUCACGAUGCCCCAUCCAGGCACAGGUGAGGUGAUCGCCAUCAUGAUCCCGGAGCCAAAAGGUCGUGAGGUCGCAUCGCUGCUGGAGCACAACGUGACGGUCACCAUGACGAUCACCAUCGGGACGAGGAACCUGCAGAAGUACGUGAGCAGGACGUCGGUGGUGUUCGUCUCCAUCUCCUUCAUCGUGCUGAUGAUCAUCUCCCUCGCCUGGCUCGUCUUCUACUACAUCCAGAGGUUCAGAUACGCCAACGCUCGAGACAGGAACCAGCGUCGUCUCGGCGAUGCGGCGAAGAAGGCCAUCAGCAAACUGCAGGUUCGCACCAUCAGGAAGGGCGACCAGGAGACGGAGGCCGACUUCGACAACUGCGCCGUCUGCAUCGAGGGCUACAAGGCCAACGACGUGGUCCGCAUACUGCCCUGCAGACAUUUGUUCCAUAAGAGCUGUGUGGAUCCGUGGCUGCUGGAUCAUCGCACAUGUCCAAUGUGCAAGAUGAACAUCCUGAAGGCCCUGGGCAUCGCUCUCAAUGCAGACUGCCUGGACGACCUGCCGCUGGACUACGACCUGGCCCUGGGCGGUGUGGGAGGGGUCGGCGUGGGUGGAGUCGGGGCCCUGGCCCUGGAGGCCGUGGUGUCCGGGGCGUCCAGUGACGGCACGCUGAGCGAGGGCGGCUCCUCGGUGGUGCUGGACCCCGGCGUACGACGGGUGGGGCUCCCACAGGACUACCAGGACCCUGACACCUUAAGAGACAGCCCUGUGACGGCCACCACCGACACACACACAGGUGAGCUCCAGCCAAUGGCAAGCAGCGCCUCAGUGGCAUCCUUGGUCAUCGCCGUGGAAACCGGCCUGUCAGAUGAGGAGGGGUCUCUGGAGCAGUCUCAGCUGGGGGAUAAAUCCUGAGAGGAGCUCACCAGAACCAAACCAGAACCUGGGCCCAAACAGACUUUGAUCUGGUUCAGUCCUGAAGGUCCUGAGAAUGACCCAACUGAAACCAGAUCUGAACCAAACCUGACUGCACUAGACUAAGUAUGACCUGAGCUAAGCCCAGGACCUGGUUCUGGUUUGGACUGGUUCCAGAGGGAAGCCAAAUCCAGAACCAGAACUGGGGUUUGAGUGUUUUUUUUCUCUUGGGACAAAACUUUGCUAAACCAAACCGACUUGUCUGGACUCGAGCUUCGGUAGAACAUGGGCCUAGACUUUGGGGGGAUGGGUUUUAUGUUUUGGACCUAUGUGAUCUGGACUCAGAGGAAACUGACUGACCUGGUUUGGCUUCGUUUUCAGUCUCUUCCUGGACUCUUACCUGGGUGUUAUGUUUUUCCAAGGUUGAACUGGGAUAUUAGUCCGUCUCUGUGCAGACCAGCAGCUCUUGUCUCCGUGGACACAGACCAUCCAGCUCCUUCCAUCGUCCCAAACAUCUGAUUAAACCUGACAAACUUUCAUUCUUAAUAUUGUGGGACUUGUCUUGACGUCCGUCUUCUGACUUUAAGGACUUUCAAAGGGUAGAGCAUGAGGCACAUGGAUGAUCAGACUCAGCUCAGUGUGAACAGGGUGGAACCUGAAAAACGUCAGUAUUCUUCUUCAUCAGCGAAUCGUGACGAGCUGCAUGAGAACCGUGUGUUUCUACCUGUACCUGCCUCAGUGAGGAACCUCUGUGGAUUAUUCUGUUACCUGGAUUUUCCAGGUAAAGAGGCACAACAGCUAAACAGACUUUGAAGGACAGUGACUCCGCAUCAGGGCUGUUCACUUCUGGUCCUGGUCCGGAUUCUGGGAGGGGUCAGGCUCCGUUUCCUGAUGUGUGUCAUGUCUGUGCUGACUGACUCAUCUUGGAAGGAAGACUUUUAUUUUGAAAGAACACACCAGCUACUCAGAGCGGUGGAUUUUCUUUCUUUUCUUGUUGUUUUGCUUUAACGGUGGACUCGCCCCGGCAGUAUUAGAGUUUGACUGCAGUAUUGUGACGACAGUAUUUCGUUUUUCCUUCAGUCCUCUGACGGUGCUGGGUUUGGGAUCUUUGGUUCCUGUGGCUCCAAACAGGGUUCCUGAAGAACAGGCGACACUGAGACAGAAAGCGAGGUUUGAGGAAAGUUAACACGUCUGAUUUCACUACAACACAUGACACAGACUCUCUGACUGUAAAACACAGGUGAAGCAGAAGGUUUGAAAACUGUGCAGCAGCUCGUGUUCGGGGGAAAUGACUCGGUGAUGGAGGAGAGUCAUCAGCUGCUCUCCUCUUCAUAUGGUUAAAGACACGUGGUAACGCUGGGCGGACGCUGUAUCCUGUAACUCAUGUCAGCUCCACACCACGUGUUAAUCAGACGUUUAUACUGACGCUGCACGGAUCCGGUGUAAAGAUCACAGAAGCCACUGAUGAUGAGGUGACUGUUGACGAACUGCUCCACAUACGUCAGGCUCAGUGUAGAAUUCAUGUGACUGGAUCUGUGAAGGAAAUCAGACCAUCACGCUGUCCAACAGCUGAAAACGUGAUCUGACCUGCCAGAAAUCCAGCCGAUCGUCCGGGAGCCAGAUCAUCGAUCGCUCAAACCGCGUGCCAGAUGACAAUCGAUCGGGCGUCGGUUCAGUUCAAGGUUAAAGUGCAUGCGGCUCAGUGUGUAUGGCGUCUGCCCAGCUUACCUUCAGGAGAUGCAGAGACUUUCCUCGUCAGUCUUCCAUCGUGGUUGUCUCUCCUGAGCUGUGAUGUUCGUUACGCGCUGUCCUCCAUUAAAAUGCCACGUAGGAACCCCGUCCGUAGUGUUGCCUGGUUUUGUUGUUUCCUCGUCCAUCCGUCCGUCUGUGUGUCUGCCCGACCACUCGUGUCUGUUUCCACGGCCUCGUGCUGCCUUUUUAAACACACGUACCUUUAACCCCGACAAUCAAGGAUGGGAUCUUGUACUUGCCGGUCAGGGAUCCUUUCUCUGAACUUAAGCAAACCUAAGAAGUGUUUUUCAGACCCGCCUGCCGUAGGAGAUGUUAGCUGCCAUUAAAGUUUCCACAGGUUACGGAGGCGUCAGCAGAACAAGCUGUGAACAAAGUUAUUGGAGUUUGAGAGUCGCAGGGAAACACUCAGAGCUGCAGACAGAGGAUCCUUCAGUGAGGACAGUUCACUCUCGAUGCAUCAGCUCAAAGCCAAACCUGUAAAUAUCAGAUGUUUAUUCCACGAGUUCGCGGCGCCAGGUGCCGAGCUGUCGGUUGUGUUGUGGCGUCGCCAGCGAAGUGAGCUUCCUGAAACAGAGAGAGAUAAAGAUUGUCGUCUAUUUUGAUACCAGAGGAGACGUUUAUUUUUGUAACGAAGACUCCAGCAGCAAAGACUGACCCCUGCCCUGAUCCCCUCACUACCCCCGGCCUGAUGAUUCUCAGUGUGACUGAGGAUUGAUCAGAGCUCAGUGUUGGUUAUUUGUGUAAUUGUACAUACACACGGUGAAGCUAAGGAAUCGAAACUGUCAGUCGCUUCAUGAAAACUGAGAGAACUGAGUGAUCUGAGCCUGAUUGUGAGCUGGAGAACCAGUGCUGUGCUAAUUCCUUUUAUUUUAUUAAAGUAAAAAUAAUUAAUUUUCCAUAAAUAAAAGAAAACAUGAUUAAGCUCGUCGUCGGGUUUAAAGAACGGAACAAAUUCUAAUUAGAAAAUCUGUUAAUUUCUUUUACUGAAUCCAAAACAUUGAAAUGAAUUUAGCUGUAAUUUGUUGAACCAGCUUUAAAAACCUGGAAUAAUCCUAAUGUUUUAUCAGGGAGCACGAUGGGAUUCAGUCACACCGGCGCUGACUUUACCACAGCAAACUAACUCGAUUCAAAUACAUAUGAAAACCAGCAACAGUCAGUUAGAGAAAGUCAGAGAAAUGAAGCAGAAAACUUUUGAAACACGUGUCUGACAGUCUGAAGCACACUGCACCCGACAUAACCAUGGAAUUAUAACCUCCAUAUGUUGUAAAUAUGAUCGGCACCACGACAGAUCUGGUAACUGGAGCAGCCUCCUCCUGGUUAUGAGAUCUGACCUGAGUUUAUCUGUAAUAAUGAGAAGAGGACGUGUGAGACUUUAUAUCUCAUUCUGACAGGAUACGAAUCCCAGAGUUUUGUAAUGAGGAGACACUAAGUUAUAACGAGUUCAGUGCAGGACAGGCCUCAUCAUCGCUGUGAUUGACCUCCUGUCAUUGCCAGUGAUGACGUCUGAUUGGUUCUUCCCUGUCCCUCCUCUCUGCCGGCCAUUUUCCCUGGAUGCUGUGUUUUGAUUGGUUGCUCAGCCUCUUUUGUUGAUGCACUUUAACGCUGUUUCUCUGGAAGGUUUCUGAAAAGUCUUUUCUCUCCUCUGCCUUCAUGAUUUUCUUUCUCUCUCAACAUUACUGAGUUGGACGUUUUGUGAGAAUUGUGUUUGAAUUGAAAAAUGUUCGGCCCUGCUGCUCAAUCACUUCGGUCUUUCCACCAUAUUUUUGUGUUGUAGUUUCUGAUCUUUUUCCUCAAGCAGGUAAAUCCUGUUUUUUUUAAAAAGUUAAUCGAAGAAGGAAGAACAGACGGAAAAAAGGGAAAGCAGAAUGAAAGACAGAACUUUCAGAUCCUUCCAGGGAGACAGGGAGCGAAUCAAGAGAUGAUCGGAUGCGUUUGUAGCCAUGGUAACCCUGCCCCCACCCCCUCCAGCUACCAUGACAACAGGGUGAUGUGGUGUGUGUUUCUACAAUAUUGUUUUCAGAAGGUCUGUGCGAUUGUCCUGUGCACGCAAACACAAAAUGCACACACACACACACACAGAGACAGAUCAGUGUAAAUACAAGGCAGCGGCGGCCAUGUUGUUUCUGUGUUUCAGUUGUUGCACGUGUUCUGAUUCAGGACAAAAUUUAAAUAAACUUUUACUGCAAGUUUUUGUUUUGAUUCCAUCCUGACGUGUGUGUGUGUGUGUCGUCACUCUGCAGCAGCACAUUUACACUUUUCACCAAAAACACAGUUCAUUUACAAACAGUUUAAAAAGGUUUCAAACACCAUUUCAGUGAAAAGAGGGAGAACUGAAGGAGAAACGGAAACAUGCCAGGCAGCAGUUUAAUCUAAAACUCAACUCACCAAAGCGUCUUCAGAUUUCUGACGUGGAACUCAAAGAGAAAAAAACAGGAGGCUUUAGAUUAUAAUCAUGUAUUAGCAGCUUUUCAUUAUUUAAAACGUGUUCAGGUGUUUUAUU